AGAAGAAAUGCUUUCCAAGACUGUUGCUUUCUCGGCUGUGAUUGCCUCUGCGGCUGCCUUCUCCCCCGCUUCCUUGUCCGGGCUUCCCACCUCCCGCACCGGAGCCACCAGCACCUGCAUGGCCAACCGCUUCCCCCAGGGCGCUCCCUCCGGCGCUCCUCCCGCCGAUCUCUUCAACAUCUGGAGGGACGACUAUAUGCUGACCCCUCAGGAGGCUGCUGCUGAGGCUGCUGAGCGCAAGAGAAACACUCUCUUCGACGGCGUCCUCCCCCCAUUCUCCAACAUCGGCAACACCGAGCGUGGAGAAGACCUCGCCUCGCCCACCCUCCAGGGCUUGGGUGUCGCUCGUGACUUCUCCACCGCCAACCCCACCUCUGCCUACGACACCAGCUCCUUCGGAAAGGCCGUCGUGAUCAACCCGGACAUCAUUGCUAACCCCAAGACCGGAGCUGGUCCUGAGCAGGCUGCCUUUGCGAAGAAGGGAGUCAAGGCCCCCAACCCUGUUAAGAGAUUCUUCGGAAGGAAGUAAACACUUUCUCUUUUCGUCCUACAGCAACAAGAACAUCUCCCGAGAUCUGAAUAAAGAAGCAUUUCUAGAACAAAC